GCCCCUCCCCGCCCUCCCACGCCCACCCGCCACAAGGCAGAGAUCCCCACACCCCUCCCUCGUCGUCUCCUCUCCUCCACACGCGCCCGCCCGCGAGAGAGCGAAGAGCUUGCGCCUGCACUUCCAUGGCCAGAGCCUCAUCGUGUGCUCUUCGAGGCUUCAGAGUCGCUCGGUCGCCCGUAGCAGUCCUGGUUUGAAAGGACGGGCGUGCGGAGAGAGGCGUUGUGAUUAUUUCUUGGAGCAGGAGGACGAGCAGAGAGGAGCGGGGAGGAAGAUGAUGGUGGGGAAGAGGGAGAGGGACUGCAAGAACCCGAUGCGGCGGACCACGAGCAUGACGGAGUUCGCGCCGCCGGACGUGCUGGCGGCGGUGGCGGAGGACGAGGAGGCCCAGCUGCCCGACAACAACCACCGCGGCGGCGCCGGAGGGCAGGACUGGCUGUCCGCGUUCGACGGCGGCGCCGGUGGCGCCGCUGCGCAGGAGGACUGGCUGGCGGCGUACCGCGCGCGCGCAGCGCCGGCGCGGGCGGGGCUGCGGCGGAACUCCGCCGACUACUCCGUCGUCGAGACCGCCGCUUUCCUCCGCGCCUGCGGGCUCUGCUGCCGCCGCCUCGGCCCCGGCCGCGACACCUUCAUGUACAAGGGCGAGGCGGCGUUCUGCAGCCUGGAGUGCCGGGAGCGGCACAUCACGCAGGAGGAGUGGAAGGACAAGUGCACCGUGAAGUCCAUCAACAACAAGGACGCGGCCGCGGGGGCGGCGCCGGUCGCCGGCCGCCGCGCCGGCUCCGGCAAGCCCGGGGCCGGCGGCACGGUGGCCGCGGCAUGACGAGGCGCGCGCGAACUUACGCCGCACCUACCCACGCAGGCCACUCCUACACCUUCCUCAACUAGCAAGCUGCAGGCUCAUCGAUCAAUCACUCUGCAUAUCAGCAAGACAGUAAUCACUCAUAUACUAGUUAUCACCAGCUUGAUUAAUCGAUUAGAGUUAUCUGGAUCGACCACCGCAGCAUGAAGCCGUAGAGACGCCAUUAGCUUGAUCCGAUCCAUAGAUCCGUGUAAUAUGUUUCAUAAAAAAAAUUCUUCCAGCUCGCUAUGCUACCUACGAUGGUAGAUGAUGGUAUAUACAAUCUCAGUGUACCGAUCGAUCGAGCAGCGUGUAAGCACACACUUCUGUAGAAGCGAGGAAAGAGAGAAGUGGCCACAGCACUAGCUUGCAGAUCGAUGAGCUGCAAGGCUGAGAGAGCUGUUGUUGGGAUCGAUCGAUCCAUCUUGUCACGCCACUAUAUAUAAUCAGACAUGUGAUUUACGAGGACAAGACACUGCGAGUAGUUUAGAAUUUAAUCACUGAGACCGACUAUACCUGAGCAUGCAUGAUUAUUGUCUUCUGAUCUGUCAAAAACUGUAUGUUCUUCAUCA